GGAUAUGACAACACAAGGAGAGGAAGGGAAGACUCAGCUGCAGGCCAUGUUGGGGAGCCUCGACACAGUCAACACAGCCCAGGAAGUAUUCAUGACCAUCAAUGAAGUUGACCAAUGCAACAUGGAGGUAGAAAAUUGGCUCAGGAAGUGCCAGGAACUCUUCCCAGAUGUCAAGACUGUCCACACCUCAGUGAAGGUGCAGGAGACCAUCAGGGAGGCCCUGGAGAUGAUGACCACAGAGACAGUUGUUAUAUCACAAGAUAUUGAGUUGCAUUUUGAAGAGAGGAAGCCUGUUCUUAGGUUUAUUGGAGUUCCCCAAGGUCAACUACUGACUCUCCUUAACAUACAAUCCACAAUAGUUGCCUAA